GGGUUAGUGACGACACUUCCCCCCUCCUGUCUUAGGAUUUAUCCCCGAAGUUUUUUCUCCCCUCUCGCCUUCAGGGCGCUGUGAAGUGAACUUUUCCUCUCUCUUUUUCAAUUUAAAGUAAAAAGCAAAACAAAAACAAAAACAGCACCAUGUCGCCGCCGUCUCGACGGCUUCAGACGAAGCCAGUGAUUACCUGCCUGAAGACUUUCCUCAUCUCCUACAGUCUCAUAUUCUGGUUCACAGGCGUGAUCCUGCUGGCUGUCGGGGUGUGGGGGAAGGUGAGCCUGGAGGACUAUUUCACCCUGGCCUCUGAGGAGAGCACCAAUGCACCAUAUGUCCUCAUCGGGACCGGAGCCAUCAUCGUUAUUUUCGGACUGUUUGGCUGCUUUGCUACGUGCCGCGGCAGCCCAUGGAUGCUCAAACUGUAUGCCAUGUUUUUGACCUUGGUGUUCCUGGCUGAGCUUGUGGCCGGUAUCUCAGGCUUUAUCUUCAGACAUGAGAUCAAGGCCAAGAUAGGUGUUGCUUUUGAAAAUGCUAUGCAGAACUACAACAGCACGGACGCCAUCGGCACUGCAGUCGACGGCAUCCAGAUGACUCUGCAUUGCUGCGGGGCGAAAAAUUACACCGACUGGAAGGACACAGCGUACUUUAAAGUGAUGGGUAUCCCUGCCAGCUGCUGUAAAGACAACACCAAAUGCUCCCCGGAGACCCUGAAGGACCUCGACCUGGCUGGGAAAGAGGUGUACACAACGGGCUGCUUUGCAUUGGUGACCACUGUGAUGGAGGACAACCUGGGAAUCAUUGCAGGGAUCUCUUUUGGGAUUGCGUUCUUCCAGCUCAUUGGGAUCUUCCUGUCCUGCUGCUUGUCUCGAUACAUAACCAACAACCAGUAUGAGAUGGUCUAACAGUGACCUUCCACAGGUUACUGAUGGGCAGCUCCUGGUGCAAGUUGAAUUGAAAGAAUCUCCUGUGAUUUUAAUAUUGUGUUUGUAUUAGUUGAUAUUAUUUUAGAGAGGGGAAAACACCCACUGCUGCUUCUUAUAUUCAGUCUCACCAAUGACAGACGAGCAGAAGGGAAUAAUGUCAAAGAGACAUUAUCUGCAGAGUAGUUUGACCAAAAAUAAAAAGGGACCUGGACAUUUCGGAGAACAUUCGUUACUUCUGGAAUUUAAUUAUGGAUUUCCUAGAUGUCAUCACAUAGAUGUUGUCACUGUCAUUUCAGUUCAUUAACUCUACCAAUUGUCAACAUGUCUGUUUCUUAUGUCUUUGUAUAAUGCAGCUGCCUUAUUUUGUAAUUUUGCUAAAACUAGUCUGUAGCUGAGCAGAAAAAAUCUAGACAAUAAGCUGAUAAAUGUUAAAAUAAAGUGAUUUACUGUGUGUGAAGCCCAGAUGAGCCUGAGCGAUGGACGAGAGGUUGCCACCCUGAAAUCAUGUGUUUGAUUUACAGUAAGGCCAGUAUUGUUGAAAGCCUGCAUUCAUGCGUGCCAAUUACAUUCAGCCAACUUCAUAUCACAGUUGUCAGUGUUAAAUUCUUAUUCUUUUGUGGAUGCAUGUGAAAUACUUGAAAAAAAAUAAAGAUGAAAGUAUCUUUAA